UGGAUUAUUUGCUAUUCAUAUACUGGCCGCACUCAUGCAUGAGCAAAUAUAUCGUACGGCAGUAAAUGGCAUACUUACUCACGAAUGCAUGACUUAUAAUUAAACGCAUCCAUUUUUACAACUCAUGCAAGAGCCGUCAAGACAGAACAAUAAUUUAUUCCAAGUCAUUUACAUAUGCGCAUCAAAAAUGGAUUAUAAAACCGAAUUUCCGCACAUUUUUGCAAAAGAAUUGUGUAUUAAAGUAAAAAAAUUAAAUUUCGAUAAAGUUCAGCAAAAAACACCAGCACGCAUAACGCGAAGUUCCAAAAAAAAUUGUAAUGAAUUACAGUGGGUCAGAGUUAAGAACGGGAAAUAUAAAGGCGACAUUGCAAGAGUGUUGUUAAUUGAUGAAAAAAAAAGUGAAGUACAUGUCCAUUUAUUCCCACGGAUUGAUUUUGGUUUGGGGAAACGUUCACGCCGGCAACCCAUCAAACUGUUUGAUCCAGAAGCUAUAAGGAACGCCGGUGGUCAAGUUGCGUUCUAUGACAACUGUUGGAUCUGGAAUGAGUGCCAAUUUUCUCUUAACGGUCUAUUGAAGAAAACUUUUCAAAUUUCCGAUGUCGAGUACGAAGGACUAUUCAUAACAUUAGCAGAAAUGAAACGUUUCGAAUCGGCGGAAGAGUCACUAACAUCGACAACAAAUCUCCAGCUCAUGCGAACGAAUCAACAAAAGCGUAAAGAGGAGAGGGAGCACAUAACGAAACGUUCCAAUUCAGCGGAAGAGCCGCUGGCUCCAACAUCAAAUCCAAACAAAUCGCCAUUUAAUGAACAAGAGCAAGAGUUACACGCAUCAAAACGUUUCAAAGCAACGGAUUCAGUACAACCAAGUAAGAGAAAACGGAAACAGACUACAGCAAAAACGAGUCAGCUCUCGAUGAUAUUGCCGCCGGAUCUCUCGAAGUAUGCAAUCUGUUGGGUCAAAAUGAAGGGCUUCAGAGAUUGGCCAGGAGUCAUUGAAGACUCCAAUAAUGGAUACUAUUCAAUUCAUUUUUUUGGAGAUUAUACAACCGCUAAGGUGCACAAAAACAAAUUGACCAAUUUUUACGAAGGGUUCAGUAUGUUCCAUCACACAUUCGACUCUCCAAAGCUAUAUAAAGCUGUUCAGGAGGCGUCGAUUUGUUUGAUGGGUACUGCUAACCCUUCGUACUGUUUUGUGUGUUCUAUCCUUAAUUCAAGAAAAAACCGCGCCAUUAAUAACUAAAAAUAAAUAAUUUGAAAAAUAGAAUUAAGAAAAAAAAUA